AACAGCGGUUGACAGGCAUUUAAAAUAAAUCCUCAUAACAGCCAUCAGUUGUUCUUCAUUAAUAGGAAGGAGAUUUCCUCCAGAUCCAAUAUUGCCAAAAUAUUUAGUGAUAUAAAGUCUCUAGUCACUGCACAUUAUUUUUUGGUAACACAGAGAAUAAUAGUGAAAGUAAAGAAUUAUUAUAGUGGUCAUGAAAAAGCUGAAACACGUCCAAGCACAUGAAGAACAAGCAUGAAAAAGCCUUCUUUUACCUAGGCACUUUUGAUUUUUGUGGAUAAACAAACAGUUCACAGAACACCCAAGACAAAUAACUAUCAGAAUGAGUUGUGCACGUUUACUUAUCUCCUUUGAAGCAGUCUUUUCAGAAAAGGUUCAAUCUUAUUUAUAUAAAUUUCAAAAAUUGAUUUACAGUUGUCUAGAUGCCAGAUGCCUUUUAACUCCAGAUGCUUAAGUGUUUUAGAGGUUCCUUUCUCGGCCCUGGCUACAAGAGAAGCUUGCUGCCCUGUCUAGAACCAUGCAUUUUAAUAUGCUACUUGAUGGGAAGCUGAAAGGUGGUCACAAAGGUAAAAAGAUGUGCAUAUGCAAUUCUAUGCUGAUGUGGGUACAAUGGACACAGGAAAAUAUAUUUACAAGUUUCCUUAUUGUUUUUAUAAGAUGUAUACAUCUGUAUGCCUGAAGAACAGCUUUCCAGUUGCUCAGAGACUUCUAUAAGGCUGUUGCACUAAAUGAUGUUAAUAUUAACAGCAUUAUGAACAAUAUACACUCUUAUGAUAUUGUUUGGAGAAAUGCAGAUAAAGCUUUCCUACAGAAAGCAGUAAAAUCCUACAGUCUGGGCUAUGUUAUACCUGAAAAUACAGGGACAACCUGAUCUGAGCAGCAGAAAACUGAACAUUUUAAAAUUAUGAAAAGAUAUUCUAGCACUGUUGCUUAAAAAAGCUCAAGAUAGGAAGCCUAAAUUAACAUUAACCUUUACUACAGAAGCAGAGAUUAAAUGAAGGUAAAACAGAACACAACUUGAGUGACUUUUUAAAUAGGAACAUUUAAAUGGACUCAGAGGUUAAGCUAAAAUAGCCCACCAAAAUUCCACUUGGUACUGUUUACUUAGGCAAUCUUAUGUACUAUAUUAUGAUGCAUUAACAAGGCUAAAAAAAUAUAGUUAGGGAGAAGUUAACGAACUCAAAUUACAAAAGCCAACUAUUUUAUUGAAUAUGCACGCUUUGCAAUAAAUUUGAGUCAGCACCAAUGACAGCUCUGCAGUCCUCCAAUGUAGUACAGAUCAGGUGGUUGCAGAGCCCCAGCUAGCAGCAAUACGAUGCAGCUGAAGAGGCAAGCACAAUCCACAGACAGCAACUGUAGCUACUCUCUAGAACAAGACGACCUCUAAGCUUAAAUCUUUCACAGAAAUGAUGUGCUGAUAUUGCAGAAGAGAUUACGGGAGCAAUGGAACACCAGAUAUUGAAAGCAUCUACCUGUCUGCUGGUCCUUCUGUUAUUCAUACCCACUGUUUUGGUUAUCUGUCCUUCUAACUGUACAUGCUCAGGAAACAACAGGAAUGUGGACUGUUCAGGCAGAAACUUAACUGUACUGCCACAUGGACUUCAAGACAACAUUACAUAUUUAAAUCUAUCCUUUAACCAGUUCGUAGAUCUUGAUCAUCAGCUGACCAGAUUCACCAACUUGAGGACCCUUGAUAUUUCAAAUAAUUGGCUCAAGAAUAUUCCUGCUCAUCUGCCCAAGUCCUUGUGGGAAUUAUAUGCCAUAAAUAACAACAUUAAAGUUCUUCAGAAACUUGACACAGCUUACCAGUGGAAUCUUAAAGUGCUUGAUGUUUCUAGGAACAUGGUGGAAAGAGCUGUUCUCAUCAACAACACACUGAGCAGUCUCAAGUUUCUCAACCUCAGCAGCAACAAACUUUGGACAGUUCCAACCAAUAUGCCCUACAACAUAGAGACAGUGGAUCUAUCCAAUAAUUUCUUGUCCCAGAUACUUCCAGGAACACUGGUGAGAUUACAGCACCUUACAAGCCUCUACCUACACAACAACAAGUUCACAUACAUUCCCGACAAAGCGUUUGACCAGCUCUUUCAGCUGCAAGUUGUAACACUAUAUAACAACCCCUGGUCCUGCAGUGAUAAACAAAACAUCCCAUAUUUACUUAAAUGGGUGCAGGGAACCACCGCCAGCGUCAUAGGGGCUCCCUGUGCUAACGAAUCUGUGCUUUGGGUGAACGCCACGCCAUCCGCAGCUGCUCCCACAGUUCCAGCCACUAACCUCAUGAUUAAAGGAAUAAAGGCAGCAGACAAAGCUGCUUCCCCAGUGGCAACUGAACCAGCCCAAAUGACAAAAAUGUAUAAACAAUUUAAAGCUAAGGAAGUUACUACCUUGGCUACCUUAGGCCAAACUGUACUGUUUACAAGCACAGACCGGCCACUGCUCCUCUAUCCAGAAGACCUGACAACGAGGAAGGUCAGCGCUUACGAAGCAGCAGACACACACACAAUCUACAUUAAAGAUUCAACUGACGCGAACUCAAGCCUGGCCCAUCCAACGGGAUCAUCCACCACCCCCAUGACUCUAAGUAUCACCAGCGGAAUGCCAACAAACUACUCGAAAAUGCCUCAAAGCACAACUGCUACCUUAAGGAGAGAGGAAUCCACCACAACUAUUUUAAACACUGAUGUGCCCUCCAAAGCAAGUAUCUGUGAGGUGUAUUUGUUUUAUGCUGUAAUGCUUAAUGCAGUGGCUAUGUUUAUUGGCUAGGGGCUUGUAUUCUUGUGAGAAGUAUUGAGCUUAUUCCUGUGAUACAUAGCUGGAGGUAAGACAUCCAGGUCAAAUAAUUAAUCAAAAUACAAAAAAUUUGAAGUUCUGACUGAUCUAAAGAAGAUAACAGUUCUUAAAAGAAGCGCACACUAAUGUCUGGAUACUAAGCUGCUACUUAUUUUAAAGUCUAAAUUGAGUAAAACUAACCUAUGGUUUUGUUUUUAAAAAUGUGCUUAUUUUGUAUUUAAAUUUUUAAUUUUAAUUGCACAGAAUAAAACAUCAGAAUUUUAAGUACUGAUUUUAUGUAUGAUUUUGUCAUAAACUACUGGAAAAAAUAGAAGUCUUGUAUCAUAUCUGCAUUGUCUUGCUUGACUUGCCGAUGAGCAAUCCUUGUAAUAUAGCAGCACAGAUUCUCUGUUAUGAUGACAUGCAUAAGGAAGGGAAAAAUAAAGAAACUAAACCUAGCUGUUUCACUAAUCAGAAGUUAUUCCUGAGAAAAAUUGCUAGCAUGUAUAUCUAUGUUUGCUUCAUAUGUAUUAGGAUAUUUUAAAUAUGAAGAACAACAGUCUUGAAUUUAGGAAUUAAAUAUGACAAUGCCAUGAUGUCUAUCUCAGAGAGGGUAAACUGAGAAGCAAAUGUGGUCCAACUUCAGCAUGGGAAAAAUGGUAGGGGCUGAUACCUCUUUUUGCUCUGUCUUGACUUACAGGCUGCAGGCAAGUUAUUUCUCGCUCUCCAUACUUAAAAAAAAA